AUGGCGCCCGCGUCCGUGACCACAUCGGCCGAUGCCGUCAGUCGCGACGUCGCCAUGAUGGAUGCCGUUGAGCCGCCAUCUUCUCCCGCCCCGAUCCCGCAGGCAGCCCCGAGCGCUCCCAGCCCUGCUCCCGGCCGAACAGGCACCCCCAGCCGUAACCUUAACGGCGAGGCCAGCUCUCGCGCUGGUUCUGUUCACCCCGACGCCCACCCUACGAAUAUCCCCAACCAGGCUGUCGAGCACGGUGACCCUGCUCGGAUGUACAUAAACAGCACCGUGACCGCCGUUCUCCUGGAGGGCAUGAAGAUCAUAGGAAAGAACCAGCCCAAAAACCCUCUCAAGGUCCUGGGUGAGUUCCUCCUCGAGGAAUCCCGUAAGCGAAACGAGCCUUCUGGCUGA